AUGGUUAAACUGGUUGGGAAACUGGUAGAUGAUCAGACAAGAUGUAUACAUUGGAAUUCACAACUUGAUGUGAUGGCAAUUAAAUUUAAAUGUUGUCAAACGUUUUACCCAUGUUUUGAAUGUCAUCAAGAAGUUGCAAACCAUGAUCCUAUACGAUAUGAUUUGAAGAUUGAGAAAGAUGCUACAACAUCAACUAUUCUCUGUGGGAUAUGCCAUAAUGAAAUGACCUUUAAUGAAUACUCGAAUGGUAUCAAAUGUACAAGUUGUUUGACAGAUUUUAAUCCAGGUUGUAAACUUCAUUAUGGUCUUUAUUUUGAAAAUGUCCCAUCAAAUUUAAAAUUAUGUUCUCUGUGA